AUGUUCCAGACACACGCCGAGAGAACCCAACGCCUCAGCGAGGCGAUAAUGAAAGCUGGAGCCGAGCAGGAGCGGAUCAUUCAAGAUGUCUCAGAGGCAACCGCGACAGUGGUGGAGGUCGCUAGAGAAAAGGAUAGGGCCGAACAGGAGGUAGCGACGGCCCAGAGUGAGCUGAAGGCUAAGUCGCGAGAAAUAGAGAUGUGCCUCACUCUGAUAGGCGGCCACUACGACCAUGGUCAUGUCACUAGAUGA